GCCGGCACGAGAGCAGCAUGGGAGGUGUUUACUCCAGUGAGAAAAUGGCAGAAGUUUUUUCCUAUGAGAGUUCAGAGAUUGAUUGGUGUGAAGACAACUACAGACACUCUGAACAUGUCGUGGAGUUUUUCAAUACGAUGAGCAGCUUUGUUUUCUUCAUCGUAUCUCCCAUCAUGCUCUACCUUCUGCACCCUUACGCCAAAGAGAGGUCUCUGGCCAUCCACACCGUCUGGAUCAUGAUGAUUUUUGUAGGAAUGUUUUCUGUGUAUUUCCACAUGACUCUGAGUUUCGUUGGUCAGAUGUUGGAUGAGCUGUCGAUCUUGUGGGUGCUGGCAGUGGGAUACGCUGUCUGGUUCCCUCGGAAACUCUUUCCUUCUUUUAUAAAAGAUCGGUCCACAUUUUCAAAACUGGUCCUGUUGAUCACAGUCGUCAGCACUUUGUCGUCAUUUGUCAAACCAACGGCCAAUGCCUAUGCUUUAAACUGCUUUGGCCUCCACCUGCUCUACACUCUAGCCAUCGAGAUGAGAUGCUGCACUGACCAGAAGGCCCUGCGCCUUGCCAAGCUGUCAGUGGCUCUGUGGGUGCUUGCCAUUUCGUGCUGGAUUAGUGACCGUGUUGGCUGCAGUUUCUGGCAGCGAGUGAACUUCUGCUACCUGCAUGGGUUCUGGCACAUUUUUAUUGUGAUGGCUGUGGCCUACGGCAGCACCCUCAUCGCUUACCUGGAUGCUAAUUAUGAGAUACCGUACUCGCUGCCUGGACUCCAGUACUGGCCCUGUGACAAAUGGUCCGUUGGAUUACCGCACAUUGUCCUGAAGGGCACCUCCAAGACUCAGAAACGCUGCUGACAGUAGUUACAUUGAUUGUCAAUCCCAACAGGUCA